AUGAAUAUUGAAAAUUCAAGGAUUCAAGAAACUUUUGAAUCUAUUUUGUGUAAUAUUUAAAGUCUAUUUUUAGGAAUACGCCAAAAUUUAUGGAGAAAAGAUAUCUCAACAUUUUCAAAUAUACUCGAUGUUUCAUUAUGAAAAUUAAAAUGAUCUUAUUAAACAAAAGCAAUUCAAAUUGA